AUGGCGCCAAAAUGGCCCCUGUUUCUCUCCAACUUGCUUUUCCCGCUGGCAAUUCUUCUGUUUGCAAGCGGUUUCUUCCCGUAUAAACCAUUUAUUCCGGGUCUAGCGACGUUCAGUGAAGAAAGUAAUGGCAUUCGAUCGUCAGCACCGUUUGAUAGGGUCGUAUUUAUGGUGGUCGAUGCUCUAAGGAGUGACUUCGUAUAUUCAGAACGGUCAGGCUUUACAUUUACUCAAGGGCUAAUCCAGUCUGGAGCUGCAUUGCCAUUUACGGCCCAUGCGGGUGCACCGACGGUCACAAUGCCGCGGGUGAAGGCCAUUACAACAGGUUCCGUACCUUCAUUUUUAGACGUAAUUCUUAAUCUUGCAGAAUCCGAUACAUCAUCGACCCUCGUUUACCAGGAUACCUGGCUUGCUCAGCUAAGAGCCCGACCGGGUGGACGUUUGGUUAUGUAUGGGGACGAUACAUGGCUGAAACUUUUCCCUGGGUUUUUUGACAGACACGAUGGCACAACAAGCUUUUUUGUCUCAGAUUUUGUCGAGGUGGACAGUAAUGUCACUCGUCACGUUCCAGAGGAGCUCAAGAUGGACGACUGGUCCGCGAUGAUUAUGCAUUACCUUGGCCUGGACCACAUAGGGCAUAAGUCAGGUCCGAACAGCUCCCAUAUGAUCCCCAAACAGAAGGAAAUGGACUCGGUGGUCAGGGAUAUAUAUAACGCCAUCGAGAACGAGGACCAUCUGUCAUCUACCCUCCUCGUAUUAUGCGGUGAUCAUGGCAUGAAUGAUGCUGGAAACCAUGGUGGCGCAUCUCCAGGGGAAACCUCCCCUGCUCUCGUGUUUAUCAGUCCAAAGAUCCGACGGAUACAGAAACAAGGAAUCUCACUGCAGCCACCGCUAGCCGAUUUCCAGUACUACCAGUUAAUCGAACAAUCUGAUAUUGCUCCUACUCUAGCGGGAUUGCUUGGGUUUCCCAUUCCCCUGAACAGUUUGGGAGUUUUUAUACCUCAAUUUUUACCCAUGUGGAAAAAUAAUUCAGAACGACUUGAUGUUCUUUUGGAGAAUGCUAGGCAAAUAGGUAAUGUUGUUAGCACUACAUUCCCAGCCUAUAAAUUCAGCAACUGCUCCUAUACGUCAGAUAUAUGUACACCGACAUCAGAUACAGAAAUUGCUUCUCUUGAAUGCGAUUGGCAAAAUGCCUUGCGAUUGGUUCACGCAGCUCGUAAUGACACUAGGCAUUCGAAGCCAGCUGAGGAUGCCCUGCUUGCAUUCUCCCGAGCGGCUCAGGAUGUCAUGAGCGGUGCUGCAAGUAAUUAUAAUCUGGGAAGGCUUUAUAUUGGCAUUUCCUUGGCCUCCCUGGUAGUUGCACUAUGUGUUAAUUCCUCCCUUCUCGUGAUUAACGGGGCUGAGAUGUUUAGUGUCUUCAUUGCUGUGGCCUACGGCGUCAUGAUGUUCGCAAGCAGCUAUGUAGAAGAGGAGCAACAAUUUUGGUAUUGGGUUCUCAGCGGGUGGACUUUCUAUCUGUACGCCAAGCCUCACAUCCAAAAUGGAGACAAGAAUAGCGAGAAUAUGGGUGCAUCAUCACAGGGACGCCAGAUUGGGAGUGCUCUUAUGUUCGCGGUCUUUUCAAGAGUUAUGCGACGAUGGAAUCAAACAGGCCAAAAAUUCACCGCUGAACCCGACAUAGCGAGGACAUUCUUGCCAAAGCAUACGAGUAUCCUCUGGAUACUGAUUCUUCUAACGUACACCGAUAUCUGCCAGAGAAUGGUGCGCCGUACAUCGUCGACCGAAGCCGUCUCAUUUCCACGCCUUUUCUUCCCCGUCUUAACCAGCUUUGCAUUCCUCUUCAAACUGGCCUUCACUUCAGCUGACUCUCCAGAAAUACUUCAAGGUACAGUGCUUUUCGGUCCUCUAGUUGAGAGCAUCGUUGGGGUGUCCUUAGUCGUCCAAGCCCGGACCGUGUUUGCCGGCAUGGCUGUAGUAUUAAGUUGCAUGAUUUAUCGCGAGAUCAAGCGGCAAUGGGCUCUCAAAGCCUUCCUCUCCAAAACCCGGAACCCGUCCAAUCCACGUCUUCUCAAACGCAACACCGCUCGUUCCACGGCGAGAUUCCCAGUAGACUUCCACAACACAGUAAGCCUUUUCCUCGUCACCCAAUCUCGACCAACCAACAUCCCGUUAUUCCUUGUCUUUCGGCUUCAACAGUUGGCCCUAUCGUCCAUGAAACUAUCAGACAACGAAAUAAGCAUUACCUCACUGAUCCUACAAUACGCGUCAUUUUUCGCGUUGGGAGGCUCCAACUCAAUUGCGUCCAUCGAUCUCUCUAACGCCUACAACGGGAUUAGCAAUUACAAUGUCUUCCUCGUCGGCAUCUUGACGUUUUGGAGGACGUCCUUCAAUACGUCGUCGCGGUCAUCUGAGAUUGUUGACCUUUUUCAUUACGACGAGCCUGCUGGCUGUGAUGGUGUCCUGUACUGUGCUGCGGACUCAUCUUUUCAUAUGGACGGUUUUCUCUCCCAAGUUUUUGUACAUUAUGACGUGGAGUUUGGUACAGCAUCUGGUUGUCAAUUUGCUACUUGGAGAGGUAAUAUUGGUGUCAAUUUGUUAGAUAAGAUUUAG